AUGUCUAGCACUUUCGUUUGGACGACCAGAUGCGUACCCGCCCUCAGUGUUUGCCUUGUCGGCAUUUUACUCGUCACCUCAUUCAUCAUUUCACCAUAUGGCAAAGGUGCAAGGGGCGAUCACAAUGGUAACGCAACCGUCGCACUAAUCAUCCUCUCCGUCUACACUUUGUUCCUCCACAUACUGUCCGUCGCCUUCCCUAAAAUGAGGGCCGCGGGCAACGACAUACCGACUACAAGAAGAAGAUGUGGGCCAAGCAUCAAGAAUGAAGAAGGCAGGUAUCGACCAUCUACGCUGCUGUUCGUCAUCAUUUUGCCAGUAUACAAAGAAGAGAUGGCAACGUUGGAGGAGACCUUGCGGUUUAUGGCGUCACACGUACAAGCUUGCUCCAGUUACCAUGUUUACCUUGCUAUGGAGGAGGAGGAGGAGGAGGCGAAGUUGACCUUUAAAGCUGCGACUUUGUGCCGAGCAUUUGAGAAGCUCUUCUUCCGCAUUAGCUACACUCUCCACCCAUCCAAUAUACCCGGCGAGGCUCGAGGCAAAAGCAGUGACGAGUCAUACCUUGCAGCUAUAGAAUGUUACGAGUCGGCUACGAAACCAAUUCUGAAAUUCACGCCGGGCUCUCUUGCAACUACCCGUAGUCUCACCAUUCUUAGCAAACUCCAAGGUCACACCAGAAGGCCUCUCUUUGAACCAAAUCUCACAAGUUACAUGGAGAGAAUCGAAUAUCACGGUUGCGAGAAAGAAUUCGACGAGGACGCUAGGUACAAUUCGUGGAAAAACAACACUGGAAUACAAGCGACUGUCAACCUCGAGCCGAGUGCCAGACGGCUCAGCAAACCCACAACUGAGGUCCUCAAGGCCGCAUUGGCUUUUACAUUCGUCCUCGCGAUUGUAUUUAUUUUCUUCCGAAUAGUGUCGGUGCUCGGAGAAGGGCAAAUCGGGAGCAGGGCCAAUAGCGUGUGGGAGGAGAUGAAGGACAUGUUCAUUGAUACUGGUGCCGCUUAA